UGACCUUAUUUCCUAGCCAUAGUUUUCCUUUGCUGCUUAAGAAGACACUAUGUCUUGUAAUGGAAGUUGUCUCCAGGGCUGCUGCUGCAGUGUCCCCACAGGUCCAGCCACCACCAUCUGCUCUUCAGACAAAUGCUGCCGAUGUGGAGUCUGCCUGCCCAGCACCUGCCCCCAUGAGAUCAGCCUUCUCCAGCCUGUCUGCUGUGAUUGCUGCCCUUCCUCCUGCGUGCCCCCCUGUGUGCCCGAUUCUUAUGUGCCAACAUGCUGGCUGUUGAACUCCUGCCAUCCCACCCCCAACCUCUGUGGCAUCUCAGUGACCACAUGCGUUCAACCCUGUGAGUGUGAACCAUCUUGCUGCUAGAUAGCCAUUUUUUAAGGAAUACUAUGGCAUUCGUCAGUCUGCCAACAUGACUCUGUGAUCCCUUGAUUUCUGCUGAGGGCAAUUUAGCAAAUAAUUGAAUCCCCUCAAAAAAAACUGCUCAGUACCUGGACAUUAAAGUUUAUGAAAAAUUUUCUGAACAUUUUUUAAAAUAUCUGAAAAGAGAAAUGGAAAGUACUCUAAGAAUAUGACUAUUAAUGGUUGUUACAAGGAUUUGGGGGGGGGGUAAUCUGGGAGAAGUGCAAAGGAAAAAAAAUAAAUGCUUUCUCAAAAAAAAAAAUUUAAAAACUAAAAAUGU